AUGCCGAUCAAUGCAACGAGCUUGCCCGUCUCGCUCAAUUGGUGCUCGACCAACAACCCGCUGCGCCGACGCAUCUGCGGGCCCAUGCGCGCUCAAGGCGCAUGCAACGGGUGCUGGGCGUUUGCGACCGUCGAGAUCGUCCAGGCCGCCGUGAGUGCGGCGACGGGGGCGGCGCCUUUGCCGCUCUCGCCGCAGCAGCUCCUCGACUGCAGCCGCGGCAACAACAACUACUCGACAUCGCACUGCAUGGCAGGUACGGGCCAUGUCCCGUCCUGGCUACCCCACGAGAUUCAAUGGAGCAGCGCCAACGGCGGCUGCAACGGCGGGUCAACGUACAGCGCGCUCCUCGACUUGGAGUGGACCAACACACCGCUUGUCCUCGAGGCCGACUGGCCCUUUCUUGACGCGGACAAGAACGUGACAGACCUCAAGGCAGCUUUGAACCCUCGCUGCGAACCCGCCAGAGACGUCUUUGACGGGUACAUCGUGGAACGCCCCAAGACCAAUGGGACGACGGUCGUGAGCUGGCGCUCGGCGCUACCGGGAUCGGCGUGCGCUGAGAAUGUGACCGAUCCCGCGCGGUUGCUCAAGACGGCGCUUCUGGACGGCCCGAUCUCGGUGCCCAUGCACGCGUCCGAAGCGUUUCAAAGCUACAAAGGCGGCGUACACGUGUGCCCGACCAACCUCACGACGAGCAGCAUCAACCACGUGCUCGUGCUGACCGGGUAUGGCGUCGCCGACGACGGCGCCGAGUACUGGAUUUUGAAAAACUCGUACGGCAGCAACUGGGGCCUCCGCGGCUUUAUGCACCUGGCCAUGGACGAUGCGCUCAACUGCGGCAUGCUUCUCCUGCCGAUCCAAGUCGACAAGGUCAUUGCGGGCGUCGCGGCGUCGACCUCCGACGUGAGUUACAAGGACGAAGGCACGGGCAGCGGCGGGUCGUCCGCGCCGCUAAGAAAGACCAACCACAACACGCCGUACUGGAUCUUGGCGAGCGUCUCGGUGCUCGUUGUCGCGGCUGUCGUCGCUUUCGUGGGCGUCUUGGCCGUGCACCACCGGACUAGUAAUGCUGUAGUAACGUAA